UCCUGUUUCGAAUUCGCUGGUUUUCGCAACAAGAAAUUACGAAUGGUGUCGCACGCUGACAUGAUUUAGAUCUAAAUUGUCACCAAAAAUUCUCAGAUUAUGAUGAAACGAAAAUUCAACGAAGGAAAGGGCGCACAGAACCCUGAGCAGAAACGACCAAGGAGCCAAUCGGGUUACAUUGGAGACCCAAGGCUUGUCCCACGUGUGAGACAAUACCUGGCUGCUCAGAAGUCCAAAAAUGUCAAUGUCAGCUCAAUGGCAGAAGACCUCCAGAGACAGUAUGGGGAGUAUGGAAGAAAGAAGAAAAAUGCAUUUUAUAAGUCUGUGGAGAAAGCAUAUGAAAUAAUAAGAAGGAAAGACUCUGACAACUUGUCAAGAUUAGAACAAAAGCAUUUAGGCAAGAGGAGGACCACAUCCUCCAGUGAGUCGGACUCGGAUUCAGAUGUAAUCGCGGAUGACAGCGAGGCAAGCUUUUCAGAUGACAAUCCGGACUACAUCAACUACCAGGAAUCUAAUGCCAUGAACAACAUGAUGUCUAGCUUCUACAGAAACGUGGCAGGACCCAGCACAUCUGCCAUGCCUUCAUCCAUGAUAGGUCCGGGUGAUUUGGUUCUUGACCCUGACUUCAGAAUGUCACAGUCGGGGGGGUCUGAUGCCUGUAUCACUAUUGAUGAUUCCUCAGAGUCGGAUAGUGAAGUUGCUUCUACUAGCCAGAAAUCCUCCACUGCCUUCUUUGUGGAUAGAGUUGGAGAGCGACCUCAAUUAACUGGGGUCAAGGACUCUGGGUUAGGUGAUACAAGUCCCCAGGGUGAGAUAUUGGAUGUCUCUGUUUGUCUGCCUCCUCCUCCUUUACUGAAGGUGCAAUCAACAGAAAAACUAAAAAAUAAGAAAAAGUAUGAGAAACUAGAUGAAAAAAAUGAAAAGGAAGAAAAGAGGAAAGAGAAUGAGGAUGUGGACUCAGGAAGGAAAACUCCGAAGACAACUAAAGGGAAGAAAUCCAGUGCAGAUGGUGACAAAAAAGAGAAAAAAUCAAAGUCUGGCAUUGAGGUUCAGACAUCUGGUGUGACAUUUGCUGAUGUAGGAGGCAAUGAUAAUGUGUUAAUGGAUAUCUGUAAGCUGUUGGUACAUAUGAGACAUCCGGAGGUCUACAAACAACUCGGAAUCAUCCCUCCACGGGGCAUUCUUCUUCACGGACCACCAGGCUGUGGGAAAACACUGCUGGCUCAUGCCAUUGCAGGGGAGCUGAGUUUACCGUUCCUGAAAAUAGCGGCCACUGAGAUAGUGUCUGGUGUAUCAGGAGAAUCUGAGGAGAAGAUCCGCGACCUUUUUGAGCAAGCUGUGAUUGCUGCUCCUUGCGUUCUGUUUAUUGAUGAGAUCGACUCCAUUACCCCUAAACGUGAGACCGCCUCCAAGGACAUGGAGAGGAGAAUCGUGGCCCAGUUAUUGUCCUGUAUGGAUGAUUUAAACAAGAAAGAAGAUGCUCACGUAUUGGUGAUAGGUUCAACUAAUCGUCCAGAUUCACUAGAUCCCGCUCUAAGGCGAGCGGGACGGUUUGACAAGGAGAUCUGUCUUGGAAUUCCAGAUGAAAAAGCCAGAGCAAGAAUAUUGAGAGUGCUGUGUCGUAACCUGACUCUGAGCUCAGAGUUUGACUAUGAAAGCAUCGCCAAGAACACCCCGGGGUAUGUAGGAGCUGACCUCACUGCACUGACCAGGGAAGCUGCAAUGUUGGCAGUCAACAGGGUUUUCAAGGAUCUUCAGUCACAGCCCGGAUUUAUCAGCAAUGUUAAUGGAUGUUGUUCUGGUGAAUCCAACAGUGUAAAAACAGUACAAAAUGGUCAGGCAACAGAACCCAACAUGUCCAAUCGAACAACUGUUGAUACAACAGAAUCUACAAGUCAGUGUGUAACUCAGAUCAUAGAGAAGACAGAUUCUAAGGACUCAUCACAGACAGAAAAAGACAAGAAACAAAGUGAAUCAAGUACUGGUGGUAACAGUACACAAGACAUUACGGUGACUGCUCCCAAUAACAAGGGGGAUAACUCAGACAAUGCUAACAAUAGCUCAGAAGUGGUCUCAUGUGGAAAUGUCUCAGAAUCACUAAAACAAGAUAUUUCAUCUGGACAGAAAACCACCAUUGAUAAAAACCUUCAGCUAGAAUAUUUAUUGCACUUAUUAAAGAACCAGCCACCUCUGUCAGGGGACCAGCUACAGGGAAUGGCCAUUUCUAUGCAAGACUUUCAGGAAUCCAUUAAACAUGUCCAACCCUCAGCCAAAAGGGAAGGAUUUGCUACGAUUCCUGAUGUAACUUGGGAAGACAUUGGAGCAUUGAAAGAAGUCAGGGAAGAUCUCCAGCUAGCCAUUCUUGCACCUGUUCGCUAUGCAGACCAAUUCCAAAGUCUGGGAAUAAAUAGAGCCCAGGGAAUUCUGCUGUCUGGACCCCCAGGAUGUGGAAAGACCAUGUUAGCCAAAGCUGUGGCAAAUGAAUCAGGAAUUAAUUUCAUAUCUGUUAAGGGACCAGAACUACUAAACAUGUACGUGGGUGAGAGCGAGCGGGCAGUCAGACAGGUGUUCCAGAGGGCCAGGAACUCAGCACCCUGUGUCAUCUUCUUUGAUGAACUGGACGCUUUAUGUCCAAAAAGAUCUGAUGGAGGAGAGGGUGGCUCCAGUGUACGUGUGGUGAACCAGCUGCUGACAGAGAUGGACGGUUUGGAGGAGAGGAAGCAAGUAUUCAUCAUGGGUGCCACAAAUAGACCAGACAUCAUAGAUCCAGCCAUCCUCAGGCCUGGGCGACUGGACAAGGUGCUGUUUGUUGGACUACCCACUCCUAACGACAGAGAGGAAAUUCUGAAAACCAUCACCAAGGACGGAACACACCCACGUCUGGCAGAUGAUGUGGAUUUGAAAGAAAUCGCUAACCAUCCAAAGUGUGACUGCUAUACAGGAGCUGACCUGGCAGCUUUGGUGAGAGAAGCAUCCAUUUGUGCCUUAAGAACUGUAAUGAAGAGUUUCCAUAAAGGGGGACAACCUAUGAUUGUCAACAAAUCACACUUUGAUGAAGCAUUUGUUCGUGUUAAACCAUCAGUUCAAGCAAAGGAAAGAGAAAAGUAUGCCAAAAUGGAGGAAAAGAUGAAAAAUUGAAAAUAUGGAUAAUUCUUAAAAAUCAACCAAGCACAAUGGUUUCAAUGGUUGAAAUGACAUAUUUGUUUGUGACACUAAUAUAUGUAUAUGUAUAAUUAUGUAUACUCAGGAGAUAUGCAACUUACUGUGUGAUGCUUUUUCAAUAUAUCUUUCAUGUACAUAUAUAUUAUAAAAGAUAUGGCCAUCACCACAGAAAGUUGUGAUGUUGCUCCUUUUUUACAGUUUUGUAGAGAGUGUGACAAUUAUGACUUUUCACUACAUACCGGUAUUUUGAUUUUAAUACUAGUGAUUGAUUUUAUGAAAGUUUACAUGUGUUAACUUGUGAUUUGUGCAUAUUAUCAGUUUUCUUCACAAAAAGGCACCAGAAAAUAAAUCAUUGUUCUAUUCAUUGUAAAACUUACCCCCCCCCCCCCCCCUUUCUUUACAGUUUUUUCAUAACAGGAAAAAAACAAUGUCCUUAAAGAACUUAAAAAAAAAUAAUAUUUAUGUUUAUACAUACAUGUAGAUGAAAAUAAUACUAUACAUGUACAGUGUUCAUAUAUUGGCAAAUAAAUGUGCAUUAAUACUUUAUCAUUAUUAUAUGUAUGGAGUGACAAGCCACCAAUGUAUUAUAGGCAUCUUGGCUAGCCAGGGCAAUGACCAACAUCUCUUCCUUUAUUAAUAAGAGGAGAGUCUUUAGAUAUAUUUUGUUAUUUAUGAUUUAAUACUGAAUGGUUAUUUGUGACAGAGAUACGGUUAAAUUGUGAAGUGACUUGAAUAAAAUCCUGAAAUACCUUACA